GUUUUCUGAAUGCGUCAGAGACGCGGUUCGAGUCGGAGAUCGGGCCAGUUUACAGUUGAAGGAAUGAGGUGAUUUCGGAGGAAUAUGGAGUCAUCGGCCGUGUUGCGCGAUCGAGGGUGACCGUUGAGUGGCUGCUUCUCCGCAAAUCUCGCCGAGAUGACAAAUGCGACGACGACGGGGGUUGAUCACUAAUCGUCUCGUGUUUUGUCAGUUCCUGAGGAUAUCCUAUUGAUACGGAGAUUAUUUAAAAGGAUAGCUGUGCCCUGUGGAAGGUAACAGGUUCUCAUCGAGUGCAUCUAUCUGCGGUGUUCUGCACCUUUACUUCUUGAAUUGGACCUUCCAGCCAUCUCAACUACUCGGCAUACCAAGUACAUCAUAUCCACAACUAUAAUAGACAAUAUGUCGACUACGACCACCACUUCCACCAUAACUGCUACCGCUGCAGAAACAACAUCAAGCUAUGUUCCCCGGGGCCCAACAACCGCCGAACUCACCUUCUACGCCCCUCCGGCAGACAACUCCGCACCGUUCAACUACGUCGAAUCACCACCCCCAGGCCAACCACAACGCAACUACGGCGACGACACCAAAGUCGUGAGCCUAAAUGACAUCCGUGGCACCGAAAACGCCUUCAACCUAGACAAAGACUCCUUCCAGGCCUUCCAAGACGUCCCCUCAGCCACAACAUACUCAACCUUCGACUCGGAAACUUCCAUCCGCGAGAUCUACUACCCAGAAGUCGAAGCCCUCCUGUUACAACACAUUCCCAAUGCCCACAAAGUAAUCCUCUUCGACCACACAAUCCGCCGCGCUAAAGCCGGUUCUCCCCGUCAGCCCGUCAACCGCGUGCACGUCGAUCAAACCGCCGCCGCGGCCCUGGCCCGCGUAAACCUACACAUCACCGAUGAGGCCGAAGCAAAAGCCCUAGCAGAAGGUCGUUACCGCAUCGUCAACGUCUGGCGUCCGCUUAGUGCGGAACCGGUGCAAUCGUCGCCGUUGGCGUUUGCGUCUGCCGAGUCGGUCGAGGAGGCUGAUUUGGUUGCUGUUCAGCAUCGGUAUCCGAAUCGGACUGGGGAGACGAUGGGUGUGAAGUAUAAUCCCGGUCAGAAGUGGUUUUAUUGGUCUGGGAUGACUGGGUCGGAGAGGUUGUUGCUCAAGUGUUCGGAUUCGAAGGGGUUCAGGGACGGCGAUGUUGCGCAGUGGGUGCCUCAUACGGCGUUUACGGAUGCAAGGACGCCUGAGGGCGCGAGGCCGAGGGAGAGUAUUGAGGUUAGGGCUUUGGUUUUUGGUUGAUAUGGAGGUUAUACUUGGGUUUUGUUGGAUUGUUUAAACUUGAUUCAUAAUAUGCUGCUAGCUCCAGGGGAAGAGAUAAACGAAUAUCAUAAAUAAUGACAUGUUAGAGAAACGAUAAUUUGAUUUGAUGAUUGCAAG